AUGGGCUUCUUCACAACAGACAAGCCCGUGGCUCCUCCAAGGGUCCCAACAGACACAGUGCUGCCGGUGUCGCUGUGGGAUAGCGCGAAUAUCCGGCGCAAAUGGUGUUUGCAUUAUUGCUUCCGAUUCAACGAUGUCCUGGACCCGGGUGAGCUCCACAACUCGCUGGAGCGGCUGAUGCAAAUUGGAGAGUGGCGGAGACUGGGUGCACGCAUACGGAUGAAUAGCAAUGGGGGGCUUGAAUACCAUAUCCCUGAAAGAUACGAUGAGAGCAGGCCUGGUUUCGAGUUCAAUGUUACAAACUAUGAUAUCCCCCUUGAAAGCCAUUACCUGGCAGAGAAGCUCCCCAGGGCCACCGCACAGCCCAGUGUGCAGGGAUGCCAGGAGGAAGCUGUGAGGUCCUUGUUUCUUCAUCCGCAGCAUCCGCGGACACUGGACGACUGGUUGUUUUCCGAUCGCCCACUGCUCGAUAUUCACGUCGUCGCUUUUGAGGAUGCGACCCUGGUAUCGGUAACAUUCAUGCACAUACUAACCGGCGCAUCUGGAAUGCGUCUGAUUCUCCGCGCGUGGUCGAAUGUGUUGAAUGGACGCGAAGAUGAAGUCGGUCAACUCAAAGGCAUUGGCGAGGACCUACUAACAGACCAAAGCAAUGGAUCGGAGCCGACAGAGUAUGCACACUAUGACAACAGAGUAACGGGUAUCAAGAAGUGGGUAUUUGCCAUCUGUGCACUAUGGGAUAAAUUCUGGUAUCCUUCCGUUGAGUCGCGCGUCAUCUGCAUCCCCGGGCCAUAUGUCGACAAACUGCGAAACGAGGGGAUUGAGGAGCUAUCACACGCCGCAGCACCGGGGCAGCCAUCACCAUUCAUAAGUCAUGGAGACGUCCUACUGUCUUGGGGUGCCCGCACAAUUGUCAAAGCCCGUGGAGCGUUCCCCAGCCGGCCACUGGCGGUGUUCAACACAUUCAAUGUCCGCCCUACACUGCUCCAGAAGUCUGCGUCCGAUAAUACUGCCUUCAUCGCGAAUGCAUGUUUGAUGUCGCCAACAUUCUUAUCUGUUGGGGACGCGUUGAACCUUUCGCUGGGCCAGGUGGCCUCGCAGUUCCGGGCGUCGUUGGUUGAGGAGCGCACGAAGGCGCAGAGCCAGGCGCAGCUCGCAAUGAAACGUGAGGCCUUGGUCGCUAACGGCUCAACGGCAUUCGGCAUGGAUCCGCGAUCUGUUGUAAUCGGUUGUACAAAUUUUCACCAGGCUCGGUUUUUCGACAUUGACUUCUCCUCGGCGGUGCGCUGUCCGAAGCGGCAUUCGGGUGGUCCGAGUGAGAGGAUCGGGAGGCCAGUAUGUAUGCUUGUCGGCAGAGAUGUGGCAGGCCCGGAUUUGUGGACUAUGGGAAACGUACUUGGGAAGGAUGGGGAUGGGAAUUGGUGGCUCACCUGGAAGUUGCCCACCCAGACAUGGCCAGCGUUCCAGCGGGAGCUGGAAAGUCUGCGAGCGGAAGGGCGCUAG